AUGCCGAUCGAUUAUUCAAAGUGGAAGAACAUUGAAGUAUCGGAUGAUGAAGACGAUACUCACCCCAACAUUGAUACACCUUCACUCUUCAGAUGGAGACACCAAGCUCGUCUGGAACGGAUGGCUGAGAUGAAACAGAAGAAGGAGGAGGUUGAAGGCCAGAAGAAACAAGUUUCGACGAAAGUUCAAGUGAGAAUUUUUUUCUUUUUAUUGUUUUUUAGGUACUGAGUUGUUAGUGUAGAGUGUCGUAAACUUAUAAUACCUUCAGGAGCUGGAAGAGAAGGUAAAGAACACCCAGGAUGAAAAGGAAAGAAUCAAACUCGAGCUGGAGCUGAAUGAAAUAAAAAGACAGGAAGAGGAGUUCCUAAAAAAGGAGAAGAUGCUCGAAGAAGAAGAAGCCAAACAGCCAUGGAACGUCGAUACUAUUGGUCACGAAGCUUGGAGCAAGACUGUAAGUUUUAGCCAAUCUCAUGCUAUUUUUUGUUGUAUUUUAGGUGGUCAACAAGUACAGUGAUAAAAAACCCGAACCCCCCAAGACUGAUGAGGAAGAGGAAAACAAGAGGAUGGUGAGACCAAAAAUUUUUUUAGUAUCCUUCUUUAGAUGGACUUCUUCAAGAAAAACGAAAGUGUAAUGAGAGAAUAUUGUCAACAGAACGGAUUCGAUAAAUGUGAAGAAUUUCUUCUUGAACAUCCCUACUUGGCGUCGGACUUCGCAUCCAGUUGGAUCACAAUUGAAGCUCUCAACUUGGCCAUUGAUGAAGAAUACGAUGAGAUGGCGAAUUACGCGAAGAAUGGGAUUACCCUCCAAUAUCUCCUCGAAUUGGCCAAGAGUUUGAACAGCUUACCAACCAACACUAACGUCAUCAAAGCUUUCUUUAAAAAGUAAGCGCUUUGCUGUGUUUCUUAUGGUUUUAGGAUCCGUGCUGCUGAUGAAGCCUACAUUAAGAUGUAUGAUGAUGAAGUUGACGCGUUCAAAGCACGUUUGAUCAAGAGAGGCCGUGAAAAGAGAGAAGCCGCGAUUGCAGAGGUGGAAGCUGAAGAAAAAGCCGAGAGGAUUAAGAAUGCCCCUGGAGGAAUUGAUCCCAAAGAAGUGUUCGAUUCACUUCCAAAGGUAGGAAUUCAAUUUUCCAUUUGUUUCUUUCGAUUUCAGGUACUUACAGAAAUUUUUAAUGUCCGGUUUUGCAGGAAAUGCAAGAGGCUUUCGAAUCGCAAAGUGUAGACGCCCUUCUUCAUGUAGCGGAAGCAAUGGACCAAGAAGUUUUCAAAUAUCAUCUCGAUCGUUGUAUUGCCUCAGGUCUUUGGGUCCCCAAUGCCAAGGAGGCUGAAGAAGCCGAGAAAUCGACGGUUGAACCGGAGAAAACCGCUUAA